GUUCAACUUUCCAUCAUUUACUUUUACAAAUUAAAGCUUUCGACCGAACUAUCAACAGUCUAACAAACAGAUUACAGUCAUCCGAAACUACACCAAAUUUGAGGUUGAUAGAAUGUCGUGGAUUGGUCGGGCAAUCAGUUCAGUCGGCCAGUAUUACAAAGAAAUCAACCCGGCCACACUCUCUGGUGCUAUUGAUGUGAUAGUCGUAGAAAACAGACGCCAAGCAAGCAAGGAACAGAAGGAAGAUUCAUCUAACGAGGAACUAAUAGACUUAGCUUGUAGUCCGUGGCACGUACGAUUUGGAAAACUCAGCGUACUCCGGCCAGUUGAACGGAAGGCAAGUAACUUUAGAUUCUUUCCAGCUAUUUUCUCUGUAUGGUUGCCAAAUUUCAUGCUAACUUUUUUUGGGGGAGGGGGACAGGUCAGGAUUGUUAUAAAUGGCGAACCUGCGCCAUUUAGUAUGAAAAUUGGCGACACUGGUGAAGCGUUUUUUGUUUUUGAAACCGACGUUGAGGAUCUUCCGGAUGAUCUCCAGACUUCACCAUUAGUCUCACCCGUGCUCAAAUCUACCGACUCACCUUCGACUAGUCCUCAAGAUUCGACUUCUCAUCAGGCGCUGGAAACUGUUCCUGAUUUUGCUGAUCUGGGGGAACCCCAGCUGGAAUCGAGCCAAGUCAAACGGAACCCAAGCAGAGACCCGCCUCAGAAAUCUCAAACUGAUUCCCCGCCUGCUUCAACCGAUAACCAGCAAGACUCACCCUCACCUGAACCUUCGACUGAUGCGAUUCCCCACGAGGAAGAAUCUCAGGAUCAAAAGCCUUCUGACGAGCCUGAUUUAACUUCUGAUGAAAAUGCGUGGCUUCAAACAGGGGAGCUAGAUCCUUCGUUAAAACGUGGUUUGGAAGGUAAAACUUCAGAUCCUCACCAACAUGAUUUCGGAUCAGCCGCCGGGAAAAGCAAAAAGCCUUUGAAACUUCAAAGAUCGAAUUCCAUACCCGAUUCAUCAGCACAUUCAACCGAUAAAAUUGACGAUUUGGCACCACAUACCGCUUCGAGCCUCCCAACAGCUGAUUUAAUGCUAGAUAUGGAUGGCUACAAGAUGACCCACGAAGCACCUCAUAGUGGCGAACGCAAUCUCAAUGACCCAACCGUAGAUUCCUCCCCUCGAGAGGAUGGGUUCAAUGAGUUGCCCGCAGGUUCAGAUAGCAACCGCCAAGAUCCCACAAUAGACCUUCAAGAAAAUUUGGUUAUGGAAUUCACAACGGCCCUCUUGCGGUGUUCAGAGACAAUCAAUCGAUGCUUCUUUGGCGCUUCCGGAUCCCAUCCUGAGCUCGAAACAAAUGAAAACGUGAUUGUUCAUGUUCCCGAAAACGAGCAGGGAUCUGCCGGACCUACUGCUAAUACCGAAAAUGACUGUGAAGGUUUAAUCAUAGUUGAGGACGUUGAAGAUAAGAAUGGAUUCAGAGGAUUUGACCGUUUUAAAAUCCAUUCAAACGGAACCUGGCACGUAUUCGAAAUCUCUUUGUUUAGCAUUUCUCAAGAUGAUCAAAACUCGGGCGGCAUAUCCGGUCAGCGUCGCGGAUCGAGGACGAAUCAUUCUAGACAUUAUAAUCACCAAAAGUUCAAGGAGAACCGUUUAACAUUUGAAGAUUUUUUCGGUCUCAAGUCCGAUCCUGCGGUUGAAGGAAGUCUAAGGAAAGACUUACUGGAUGAUGAAACAAAUUUUAUUGUCAGAUACAACCAGAAAUAUACAUUGACGUGGGAAAAUGCUAGUACUGCAUUGACCUCGCUUGGGAUUUGCCGGAAAUCGAUUAUCAAUCUAAGCCAGGCCCAGCUCAACAAAGUUGUCCGCAGUGCCUCACGGGACGGAACUAGCGCUAAUGGAAGUUCUUCAACGUUUCUUGAUGGCUCAAAGCCAGAAGAAAAUGGAUCUGAUAGAGUUGGAUCGGACAACUCGACCCAACCCCAGCCGCCUACAAGCUAUACACGACCGUGGACUAGAUGGUGGUACAAGACCGAUCGCUUGAUACCCGCCGGUCCCAAUCACGAAAGGCUGUCUUCAGCUACAUCGGCAUGGAGUCAGGAUAAAUCCGGUGGAUCUCCAGCGGCUGGCGAAGCUACCAGUAUCAAAGUCUCACCGCCCACAUCACCACCCGACACCCCUCGGUCUCUUCCAGGAGCGUCCUAUGGCAAAUAUGUUGCGGAUGAGAAACUUGGCCCAAUAGGAGACGAGUCAGUCCAAAAGCCCAGAAGCUCUUCUGCCAUACCCGAUACCCCAAAUCAGCCCGCAGAAGAAGAAAAUCAAUCAAUCGGAUUGACAACUGCCACUCACAAAACGUACGCAAAAACUUUAAGACUAACGUCUGAUCAACUUAAGCAACUUGGGCUCAAGAAGGGAGUUAAUCAGGUCUCGUUCUCCGUCCGGUCCUCAUACUCUGGUUAUGCGGUUUGCACCUCCCGAAUUUUCCUCUGGGAAGCAGAUUACAAGAUUUGUAUUUCAGAUAUCGAUGGGACGAUUACCAAAUCUGACGCGCUUGGACACGUCUUCAACAUGAUUGGUCGAGAUUGGACGCAUGCUGGGGUGGCGAAACUAUAUACGGACAUCGCCAGAAAUGGAUACAAAGUCAUGUACCUCACCUCGAGGGCAAUAGGUCAGGCCAAUACCACCCGAGAAUAUCUCAAAGGUAUCAAUCAGAUGGGGUUCGUUUUGCCGGAGGGUCCAGUGAUCAUGAGCCCUGAUCGCCUGAUGACGAGUUUACAUCGGGAAGUGAUCAUGCGAAAACCUGAAGUGUUUAAGAUGGCCUGUCUGCGAGAUAUCAAGAGAUUGUUUGGACUAAGCCGAAGUCCGUUCUAUGCUGGGUUCGGGAAUCGAAUCACCGAUGCACUUUCAUAUCGAGCAGUUGAUGUUCCAUCUUCGAGGAUCUUCACGAUCGACUCGAAUGGGGAAGUGAAGAUGGAGUUAUUAGAGCUGACGGGUUACAAGUCGUCGUAUAUCCACAUGACCGAUUUGGUCGACCAGAUGUUCCCACCGGUCAAUCGGAAUCAAGCGACACCUGAAUACUCAGAUUUCAAUUACUGGCGAUCAGUCGGGACGAGUUACGAUGCACUGUCGCUGAUAGGGGUCGACCUGGACGAACUGCUCUCGCCUCAGAAUGGAAAUCAGAUGCCCGUCAGUCCGACUUUGAGUGCGCGGAGUGGCGAGACCUCGGUCUCGACCAGCCGAUUGACAUUCAGGUUGAGUAGUCUCAGCUUGGGUCGGAAGAGCUCCAAGGCCGAUCUUCCGGGCUCCUCGACGACUAUGAAAAGCGCCACAGGAUCCUCCAAGAGCAGUUUCCUCACCUUUCCGUCGAGCAAACAGACCGUUGGCCCGACCAGCUUCCAGAACGAAUCGGAGAGCGUGACCGAGCAAGACGAGAAUGUGGAUGAGGAUGCCAUCGGGAGUGGGUCUGAUGAUGAUCAUGCUCAGAUGCACGUGCCCAACCGGUUGCGUAGCGACUCGAUGCCUGGCUCCUUGCCUGGAAGCGUGGAAGAAGCGAGCUUGCUCGAAGGCUUGAGGAGGGGCCAAUAUCAAGACCGGUCGGCCCACUCCGCUCAUCCGAGUAAUAAUGAUCCUUCAACCGAUAAACCUCACAACACCGAUGAUGAAACACCUGGCGAUGAAGACGAGUUCCCUCAAAUGGAUUUCAGCUCAGUACCGUACCUUUGAUCCUUCCUCCUCGUCACCAUCCUUUUUUAUUUCUUUCACUCCUAUAGAUUCCAAUGUCUCUCAAGAAGAUGUACUUCAAUAUCCAUAUCCAUCAUUAGAUUCACCCACUUAAUUUUUCUCUCUAUCUCACUCUCUCAAUUCUUAUCAUUCCAGAUCACUUUUUGUGUUAUCUUUUUACUCUUUUUUUGACCUCUUCUGGGUUUUCUUUUUCCUUUUUUGUAAGAAUUUUCUUGGCUGUUUUAGAGGUAUUGUAGUCCACAUUCUUGGCCUUGAUUUCUAUGUGUCUUUUUAGAAUCUCUAUCUCCUUUUCCAAAAAAAAGGGUAAAAGAGAAUCAUGUAGUUUUUUGUUUCCCUUCCUUUUUUUAGGUGUACGUAUACAUCUCAUCUCUUGGUCCUUUUGUUUCCAUCUUUCUAUUUCCAUGAAUUGGUUUCACUCUAUGUAUCAAACCAUUCUCGUUUGCAGAUCACGUUUCUUUUCUAUCCUUCUUGAGUCUCCA